AUGACUGUUCCGUUGAUCCAUGGUAACUCAAGUAUAUCAUUAUACGCUAGUGAUGAUAAUUUAUUGAAAAGUGCUAUUGAAUUCUAUGAUAUCGUUGGAUUCAAAUAUUAUUUAAAACAAGAUGAUGUUCAUUAUCUUAGAUCCAGCAAUGAAAAAUUGACUAUCAAAAUAACCAAAGAUUCAAAGUUUUGUAAAUCAAAAGAUGAAGUAUCUGCUUUGAUUAAAGAUUUUGAAGCUAAAGAUAAAGAUUUAAGAUCACUUGAAUCAUCUUUCAUCAUUAGUGUUGAAAAUUUAAAUGAUUUAAUCAAUAGUUUAGGUCUUCAUAAAGUAUAUUAUCAAAUUUAUCCUAAUGAAUUGUUCCCUAAUGAAUGUUUUACUGUUGAUCCAUUAGGUAAUUUAAUUGGUUUCACUACAUUUUCAAAUCCAAUUACUUCAAAACCUCCAGUUACCAAAUUAUCACCUCAUCCUUCUAUAGUUCCUUCAAGUUCCAUGUCAAAAUCAGUUUCAACUUCCAACUUAUCUAAUUUAACUAAUUUCGAUACUAACAAAAGAAGAAAUAUAGCAGUUAUGACAUCUGGAGGUGAUGCUCCAGGGAUGAAUGCUAAUGUUAGAGCUAUAGUUAGAGCUGCAAUCUAUAGAGGUUGUAAAGCAUUUGCUGUUAUGGAAGGAUAUGAAGGUUUAGUUAGAGGAGGUCCUGAAUAUAUUAAAGAAAUGCAAUGGCAAGAUGUUAGAGGUUAUUUAAGUGAUGGUGGUACUAAUAUUGGUACUGCUAGAUGUUUGGAAUUCAGAGAAAGAGCUGGUAGAUUGAAAGGUUGUAAACAUUUAAUUGAAGCUGGGAUUGAUGCUUUAAUUGUUUGUGGUGGUGAUGGUUCAUUAACUGGUGCUGAUUUAUUCAGAUCUGAAUGGCCCUCAUUGAUUAAGGAACUUAAAGAAACCAAUCAAAUCACUGAUGGUCAAUAUAAUACUUACAAACAUUUGAAUAUCUGUGGUACAGUUGGUUCUAUUGAUAAUGAUAUGGCUACUACUGAUGCUACUAUUGGUGCUUAUUCGUCAUUAGCAAGAAUUUGUCAAGCUAUUGAUUAUAUUGAUGCCACAGCCAAUUCUCAUUCAAGAGCCUUCGUGGUUGAGGUUAUGGGUAGACAUUGUGGGUGGUUAGCUUUGAUGGCAGGUAUUGCAACUUCUGCUGAUUAUAUCUUAAUACCUGAAAAACCUGCUUCUUCAAAAGAUUGGCAAGAACAAAUGUGUGAAAUUGUUAAUAAACAUAGAUCUAAAGGUAAAAGAAAGACCAUUGUUAUUGUUGCUGAAGGUGCUAUCACUAAUGAAUUGAAACCAAUUAGUUGUAACGAGGUCAAAGACGUUUUAGUCGAUAGAUUAGGUUUAGAUACCAGAGUUACUACUUUGGGUCAUGUUCAAAGAGGUGGUACAGCUGUUGCUUAUGAUAGAAUCUUAGCUACUUUACAGGGGGUUGAAGCUGUUGAAGCUGUUUUAGAUUGUACACCCGAAACUCCAUCUCCUUUGAUUGCUAUUGAAGAAAAUAAAAUCGUCAGAAAACCUUUAGUUGAUGCUGUUAGAAUCACAAAAUCAGUAGCUACUGCUAUUGAGUCUAAAGAUUUCGAAAAAGCUAUGUCAUUAAGAGAUUCAGAAUUCGUUGAACAUUUGAAUAAUUUCAUUGCUAUGAAUUCUGCUAAUCAUAAUGAACCAAGAUUACCAGCUGAUAAAAGAAAAAGAAUCGCCAUAAUAAAUGUUGGAGCUCCAGCUGGUGGUAUGAAUAGUGCGGUUUAUGCCAUGGCAACUUAUUGUAUGUCACAAGGUCAUAAACCUUAUGCUAUUCAUAAUGGUUUCUCUGGUUUAGCUAGACAUGAAUCCGUUAGAACCAUUGAUUGGUUAGAAAUUGAAAACUGGAAUUCAAUUGGUGGUUCAGAAAUCGGUACCAAUAGAACAACUCCUAAAGAAGCUGAUAUUGGUAUGAUUGCAUAUUAUUUCGAAAAGUAUAGAUUUGAUGGUUUGAUUUUAGUUGGUGGAUUUGAAGCUUUCCUUUCAUUAAAUGAAUUAGAAGAAAGUCGUGUCAAUUAUCCAGCUUUCAGAAUUCCUAUGGUUUUAAUUCCUGCUACUAUCUCGAAUAAUGUUCCAGGUACUGAAUAUUCUUUGGGAUCUGACACUUGUCUUAACUCCUUGACUGAUUACUGUGAUAUUGUCAAACAAUCCGCUUCUGCUACUAGAGAUAGAGCUUUCGUUAUUGAAGUUCAAGGUGGUAAUUCCGGUUAUAUUGCUACUUUUGCAUCAUUAACUACUGGUGCCAACGCUUCAUAUGUCCCAGAAGAAGGUAUUGAUUUAUCUCAAUUAGAAAUGGACAUUCACAACUUGAAAGAGUCAUUUGCUACUGAAAAGGGUUUAAGUAAAGCAGGUAAGUUGAUCUUAAAGUCAACUAAUGCAUCAAAGGUUUUAACCACUCAAGUUUUAGCCAACAUCAUAAAUGAAGAAUCAAAUGGUGAAUUCGAUACCAAAACAGCUAUCCCAGGUCACGUUCAACAAGGUGGUUUACCAUCCCCAAUAGAUAGAACUAGAGGUGCAAGAUUCGCUAUCAAAGCUGUUCAAUUCAUAGAGGAACACUCAGAUUUCAUUUCAUCAAAGAAAUAUGAUAUAAAGUUUGUUUCUGAUGACAAAGCAAUUGCUAACACCGCCAGUGUAUUGGGUAUCAAAUCUUCAAAGGUUAAAUUCACCUCCAUAAGAUACUUGUAUGAUUUUGAAACUCAAUUGGGUAAGAGAAUGCCAAAGACUAUAAGUUGGGCAAAAACUAGAAAUAUCGCUGACCAAUUGGAAGGUAGAACUAGAAUUGAAAGAAUAUAG